AUGGAAAAACUUGACUCUCUACUUUGUAGAUUAGAAAAAAUAACUAUUCUUCUUGAAGCAGCCGCUAUUAACAAUAUGUAUCGGACAUCACCAAUCAAAAUAUCUCCAGAAAGUGGAAAUCCUUCAUCAGUUAAGGAAUUUCAUGAAAUUAUCACUCGUUCUUUAUCGGAAUAUGUAACCAAUAGUUCCAAGAUUGGAAAUGUUGUCAAAACCCAUGCCUCCAUGGUUGAAGAAUGUUUUUCGAUUCAAGAAAAAAUAAUCAAAUUGGCCACUGAGUGCUCAAAACCUUCUGAAUCUGAACUGUUAAGUAUUAUAACACCAUUGGGAAAAGCAAUAGAUGAAGUUAUUAAAUUUAAGGAUGCUAAUCGAAGCAGUAACCUUUUUAACCAUCUUUCAGCUGUGGCUGAGUUUGUUACAGCUUUAGGCUGGUUAAGUGUUACUCCUGCACCAGCACCGUACAUUAAAUCUAAACAAGAAGCUACUGAAUUCUUUACAAAUCGUGUGAUUAAGGAAUACAAAGAAAAAGACACAAUUCAUCUUAGUUGGGCAAAAUCUUUAAUAUCAGUUUGCACUGCACUACAAACCUAUGUUACAAAUCAUUACACCACUGGUUUGGUUUGGAAUGCUCGUGGCAAACCAGUUUCAGAAUCGAAGCUGUCCAAAUCUUCACCUAUUCGUGAAGUCAAUUCCAAUUGUUCCCCAGCAGCAGCAGCACCACCACCACCACCACCUCCUCCUCCCCCUGAGCUUACAGAGGCUCAGUUAGCUGCAAUAUCAUUGGCAAACAAUUCAGCACAAUCCGCUUUAUUCGCUGAUAUAAAUCGUGGAACAGCUGUGACAUCUAAUCUGCGCAAGGUGACUGACGAUAUGAAAACACAUAAAAAUCCUAAACUCCGUGAAGGACCUAUUACUCAUACAUCACGGAAUCAAAUGAACUCAAUUAAUAAUUCAACUGUUCGACCACCAUCUGAGAAACAGCCAUCGGGACUUGGAUGCCUGGAACUAAGGGGUAACAAAUGGGUAGUUGAAAAUUUCAAAUCUGCUGGAAAUUUACAAAUUGUUGGCACUGAACCAAAACAAACAGUUUGUAUUCAUAAGUGUAAUGAAUGCACUGUUCAAAUUAAAGGAAAAAUUAAUUCAGUCAUGUUGGAUAAUUGUCAGAAGACUGGCGUGGUCUUUGACCAUCUGAUUUCAUCGAUUGAUGUGGUGAAUUGUCAAAGUGUUCAAAUUCAGUCACUUGGACAAUUGUCAACUGUGAAUAUUGACAAGACAGAUGGAUGUCAAGUGUUUUUAAGUGAAGACUCAAAAUAUGCUGAUAUCAUUACAGCAACAUCUUCUGCGAUCAAUAUUCUUAUACCUAAAGGAGUUGAUGAUUUUGAGGAGUUCGCAGUUCCAGAACAGUUUAAAACAAAUUUCACUGGAAAAGGAUUGAAAACAACAUGCGUUGAUUCAAGAUAA